AUGAUCCUACCUCAACAACCUGUUUACGCGAUUGUCCCAUUGUCAGGGCCCUCAAUUGAAAGCGACCGACUCCUUCUUCGACCAAUUACCGACGACGAUGCCGGUGCACUUUUUGUCGUUCGUUCCCGGCCCGAAGUAGCAGAAAUGAACCAUCCCAAAACACCUUUCAAAUCAAUCGAAGAAACACGUGAAUGGAUGGCAACUAAAGUGUUCUCAAGUGGACCGUCCGAUAUUAUCGGGCGUUCGUUUAAUUAUGCUAUUGUGGACAAGUCGAUCCCGGAAACGGAGGAGCGAGUCAUUGGAUCUCUUAGUAUCAACCAGGUAGAUCCGUAUCCUGAGAUUGGAUAUGCAGUGCAUCCAUCUUCUUGGGGGAAAGGGUAUGCUACGGAGGCUUUGCAAUUGAUGCUGAAGAUGUGGUGGGAUCUGGAGCGUCGAACAGUUGACAGUGAAGAUGCUGCUGGAGAGGCUGAGAAGGCCUUUGCUCUUUGCGAAAAGAGGAAUGCUGCCAGCCGCCGUGUACUGGAAAAGUGUGGUUUCAAGAUCGUGGGUGAUUUCCAAGAGGAGGGACAUGACCUUUUUAUUUUUGCUUUAGAGAGGCCCUGA